CAGCCCAGUGAAAGCACACGUCACCCUCUCUCUCUCUCUCUCUCUCUCUCUCUCUGCCUGAAGAUUUCAGAAAAGGGCCGGCGACCCGGGCUUUUCCACCUUCACGAAAAAGCUUCGCCGCCACCUCCUCUACCAAACCCACCCCACCAUCGGCCCGGAACACCACCACAGAAGGCGGCAGAACGCUCGAAAAUAGGCGGAGUCGCGCCACCUUUGCCGCCGGUGUCGAGGUUGUUUCCGGCCAAUUUCGGUCACCUUUGUCCGCGAUCUUUCUUGCAAAAAGUAGAUCUCGUCCUCCUCUAUCGUUCCCUUUGAAGACCCUAUCCAGUUGUGUGUAUUGAAUACCUGGAUACAUAAUCAUAGAAGAAUUGUCAGAAGGAUUCUUGGAUUGCAAUGGCAGCUUCUGCAAAGACUCUAACUGCUGAAGGCCAUACUUCAAAUGGAGAGUGGACAGUUGUUUCAUCUCGUCGUGGAAGACAAAGAAGAAAUCCUCCAAAAAUUACAAUUCGAGUACAGAAGCAACCAUCGCCUUGGGCUCCAACUGAUCUCGAAAUCAAUUUCGCCCGAGAAUCAAAAUUGAUGCAGAAGAUGCAGAUCUGUAUGAAGAAAUUGGAGAUGUCUCAAUUCUUUCUUAAUUUACUGGAUGAAAUCCAAACUCCAGAAAUGAUGAAUUACUUCCAUAGGGUUUUGAGCUCGGAGUUGAAGAUGAAGAUGGUUAUAUAUGGCAUAGGCAGCAUCGAAUCAUAUGAAUCCCCUCGGUUGCAGUUGACCCUUGCCAUCUUGCUGAAGAGAAAGUUCAAUUGGAUUGGAGACAUAGAGGUCUUUGAUCCCAUUCUUUCUGCCACAGAAUCUCGGGUUUUGGAAGCUCUCGAAUGCUCUGUGUUGUCGAUAAAUGAACAAGGUCGGCGUCAGGCUGAGAAACCAACAAUGUUCUUCAUGCCACAUUGUGAGGCAGAGCUAUAUGAUAAUCUUCUACAAGCAAAUUGGGAAGCGCGGCUUUUGAAUUGUACAGUAUUGUUUGGGAAUAGCUUUGAGACAUAUGAGCAGCAUCUAUCAGAGUACAAGAACUCAGCUAUUGUUGAUUCGACAAGGCAUAUCUUGGCUGUUCGAAAAUUCACAGAUGAGUUUAGGAUCAAGACGAUUUCAGAUACUUAUUUCAGUGCCUUUCAUGAUUCGAGUUGGCAUUUUUUCAGGCCUGUCCUUGAGACAGAGCUGCAGUUGAGCAAUUUGUAAAUGUGAGUUGUUGAGAAAUUUCCUGAUGAUUGAAACGUAUUAUCAUUUUUAGUACUCCAUGUCCUAUUGCAAAAGUUGUUAUUAUGAGCCUCAAAAGGCCUCCGUUUUUGCAAAUGGUAUAAUUACUCAUUACUUUUUGCCCUUUUAGUUGGUUUUUUUGAUCAAGUUUCGGGCAGGAUCAAAACCCACAGAAAUCCAGGAAAGUUACAACAAUGAAAACCAAGCUAGAAGAAGAAGACAAAGCAUUAGAAUGAUGGGGGGAAGGUGAAAAUAUACAGACAGACCCAAUACUAAAGUGAAAAGGAAAUCUCUAUCUCUAAUUAAGGCCAAACUGAGUCGACAGAAACCCUAGACUCUAGCUGCUGCAGGAGAUCUUCCACAGCUACCAUCACCUCAUUUUCUUGUGCUUGGCCAUUGCAUUUGUAGUUGCUUCCAUUUCUGGUCGGUGGGUUUAUGGCAGUAGAAGAAUUAGAACAAGAAGAAGGAGGAAGUGUUGCCCACCACAAAUUACUUGGAUCUGUGUUAUGGGGCCGCCCUCCAAGUACAGACAA